AUGUCUGGUCGAGUGGUGGCUUCUGACUUGGUAACCAGUGGUGGUACAGAUGGUUCGUCGUGGGCCUUGUGGAGUUUGAGCGAUGGACCUGGUGACGUGGAUGAAAUAGAAAUGGUGCCUAUCGUGAAUGAAGAUGGCGAUUUCCUUGAAGUGGUUAUGGUGGGUUCAGUGGUGGUGAGAACGAAUGCUGUGCAUACGCUUGUGGUUGAAGUCGACGGUGCGGUGAUAGAGGCUAGUCAUUGUUGA